UAAUCUUUGAUAGUGGUUAAUCUUUUUCCAUAGUCUCUGUAAAUCUUCACCAUCUGUUAUUUAAGGUUAUGUCUUGUGGUGUUUUCAUUAAUAAGUUCGGAUUUUAAAUUACUUUACAAUGGGAAUUAAACAACAUAAAAAUGUUGCUGAUUCUAACUAUAUUUUUUGUCGAAAAGGUGGUAGAAGUAUCAUUGAACGUCGUCCUGUAUUUUCUCCUGAUGGGCAAUCAAUAGCUGUAAUUGUUGAAAAUAUAGUGAGAGUGUAUAAUAUUCAAACAGGAGACUGUGUUCGAUUCCUGGAAACAGAAAGUAAUGUCAAUGAACUUGUAGGAAUUCAAUUUCUUGAAAAUGAAGAUUACAAUCUGUAUGGUUGUUCUGAAAAGGGAUGUAUCACAACAUGGACCUGGGAUCAGGGAGCUGUACUCAGAGAAAUUAAUCUUAAUAUCAAUGAUGAUUAUAAAGUAGUAACUUUCAACAUGCUAAGUGAUACUGAAUGUUUUGUAGCUUGUAGUAAACCAAAAAAACAAUUAUGUUUUGGUAUUUACUCAGUUAAAACAGGGAAGCUUAUACAAUUAUUUAAAAAUGUGUACAUGAAAAAUAAUUCAAUGGUCAGAGUAUCUUUAGGAUAUUGUAAUGGGGAGAGAUUUGCAGCAGUCAUAAAUGGAACUACUGAUUUAUACAUACAAAAUUUACAACAAUUUCAUAUUUGUAAUAUACUCAAGAGUCUUAAUACUUUUCGCAUAACAGCUGUAGCUGCCCACCAUAAAGAAAAUAUGGUUGCCAUAGGUGAUGCAAUGGGCAGAGUAACAAUAUUAAGAGGCAAUUUAUACAAUAAAAAGGGCCUUGGGCAGGAAAUAUUGCAUUGGCAUUACUUGCCACCUCUCGAUUUGUGUUUUUCAUUACAAGGAAGUUAUUUAUAUUCUGGUGGAAUAGAAAAGGUGUUGGUCAAGUGGACUGCGGGCAAUCUUACAAAUAAAGCGAAUGAGAAGAAUUUCAUACCUCGGCUUCCUGGGAAUGUUAGAUACAUUGUAGUUAACAAUUCACACAUUGCAAUUACACUUUCUAACAACUCCGUGGUGAUAGCGUCAGCGGCUAUGCAUGUAAUGUGCACGAUACUGGAAUGUGGUGGUCUCUCAUCAGCCAUGCAAGCCAUCGGCUCCUCGCUGGUGUUCCACCGCCACUUCCAGGCGCUACUCAUGGGCGGUCGAUCCGGUUGCUUGCAAUUAUACUCUCCCCAGAGUGAUAAAGUCCUCUAUAAUAUUGACAUCACUGAAGUCAACAGAAUGCUACCCUCCAGACGAAAUAUCAUCCCCUUAGAAAUAGAAGUAACGAGCGUAGCCAUUAGCAGCAAUGGUAAAUGGCUAGUCACAUCUGAGUAUAGAAACGACGGAAAAGUUUAUCCUGAAGAGAGACUUAAAUUCUGGGCAUAUCAGAAUAAGAAAGCAACACCAUAUGAACUAAACACUUGUGCUAACCUCUCUCAUGGUGGUUGUAUGGUUGUAUCCUUGUCUCUCAACGGCGAGGGCGAUCUCUGUGUGUCAGCUGGCGCGGAUCAAAAGUUUAGGAUAUGGAGAAGAGAGACAAUACAAGAAAAGAAACAAAAAACUAGAAUCACUUGGAGUUGUGUCACGGCAUGCUAUUAUUCCUCAGGCGUGUCACAAUUUCUUUCACACGACGUGUUAAAUAAUUACAAAAUAGGUGAUCCGUAUAUAUACGCGGAAUUCGAGGUAUAUCCAUACUUCCGAGAAAUAGCAAAAGAUGAUAUUAUAGAAAAAGUAUUUAAUAUACAUAAACAGAGAACUACGAUGGAUCCGAAUGCAGUUAAUCCUGGAACUAAAGUAGAUUAUGAAAAUGAUAUGGGCGGAGUGGAUAUAUCUCAUGAUGGGUCCUUGAUAGCAGCAUGGUUUGGUUGUAAAUUGACUCUAUGGGAUACACACCUGUGCACAUUUACGACAUUAUCCCAUUUCGCACUUCGUCCUAAAGGAGUUCAUGUACGCUUCGGAAACAAGGAUGCUGCACAUUAUUUGGUGUGCACAACAGAUAACUGCUUGGCUGUGUGGAGUUUAUUGUCUUUGACUAUGAAGUGGCUUGUAGAGAUACACCCAACGUGUCUUGCAGCUGAUCCCUUUACAAACAUAAUGGCUGUUACAACUAAAACAAAUGAUGUUUAUGUAUUCAAUCCACACAAUUCUUCUCCAAUACUGACACAGAAGCAACUGUUGGAUCCUGCAACUGGUGUAUUUAGACUUUGUACAUUCGGCCAAUCUUCCAGUAAUGCGAUAAAACUUUACCUAAUGCGGAAUGAUUCUGAGAUCUACAGCAUUGAGCCAGCUAAGAAGCAGACGGGUACCUUGGAAGUUAUAUCAAAACGCAACCUGCCUGUAUCGAAUUUCAGUGCGUUACUCGCUCAGCAACGGUUAUCGGAAGCUGAAUCAACAACCAUAUCAAGGGAUACAGAAUACGUUAACAACUCGCAAGCCAACUCUACGAUAGCACAGCUAUUAACGGCAUCGCCUCAUAUGGUGCCACCAGUGAGUCUCUUAUCCGUAACGUUCUUACAAGACAUAUCGGGACACAGACAGGUCGAAGAAACCGUCGAUGAGCCAAUCGAGGAAGCAAUGGCGGUAGACAAUGAAUCCAGCGACGAUGAAGAUGAUUUACCGAAAUCAAAUAUGCCUAAUGUUGCGCAAUUAUGGACACCAAAUUACGAAGUAGUGAAGUCGAGAAAAAUUAAUAAAAUUAUUAAAGAGCCCUUCUUAGAUUUACACUCCACAUCUUCAAUAUUUAAUUUAUAGUGAUAUUUUUAAUAAAUUUAUUAUUAAGUAAUAA